AAUUCUGUGACUCCUUGCUUUUUGUACAAACAAUGAUAAUACAUAACAUAGAAAGGAACGAAAUUCGAAAUACGCUGCUUUGCUAGAAAAAAACGAACGACUCCGAAAAACGAAAACCGAAACAUUCCGAAACAAGAAAAGAAACCCAACCCACGCUUACACAUUACACACACGCUUUUCAAAAUUUGCAAGUGCAGAGCAACGUCUUCCGGAGUCCCGAGUUAUGGUUCGCUUCAAAAAUAGGUAUGCCCUCUGCGAGGUUGUCACCCCUGGCACGCAGUCGUCAUUGCUGGAGAUCAACAGCCAACAAGUGUAUUCUGCUGUGAGAAAUGUCAUCUUGGACACUCAUGGGGAGUUUGGUCUUGGGUCAUUGCAGUUUUCACUGAAAGUGAAAUAUCUCAAUAUUGAAACUCGAAUAGUUAUCAUUCGAGCUGAACGGAGAUUCUUCCACUACCUUUCUUCAGCUCUUGUAUUCGUGAAGAAAAUUGGAGUUCACAAUGCUUUUCUACGAACAAUACAUGUUGGAGGUUCCAUUCGAGCUUGUCAGAAGUUCCUCAUUCGCUUCCAUCGGCAGAAUAUGACCCGUCUGUUUCCCCAGUGUACGACAGAUGAACAAAGGUGUCAAGUUAUGGCCUCCAUAAUGGACGCCUGCGAAGAACUAGAAGCCCCUGGUAGGCGGAGCAAGCCUCUGGAACUGGGGAAGCAGCCUUCGACGGCCUUGGACAUUCUCAACAGCGGGGAACAGAGAUGAUGAUGGUGUGAAGGAAGAGCAUCCGGAAUGUAGGAAGUGGUGGAGUACAUCAACAUGGGGGGAUUCUGAGUGGCUCGUCCUGCUGGUUCAGAUCUGUGAGCAUGAUCCGAGGAGGUCCAAGAUACGCACAUUCUGACUGGCUCGUCCUGUUGGUUCAGAUCUGUGAGCAUGAUCCGAGGAGGUCCAAGAUACGCACAUUCUGACUGGCUCAUAUGGGAGGGUUGAGCAUAGUCUUCUGAGGUUAAUAAGAAGCCGUAAAUGGGGGGGGGGGGGGGGGGGGUUGUUUGUUUGAGUUUUUUAUGAUCAAGGUCUGUUUUUGUGUGGAACCUUGACCCAUCUCUCCAUAGCCUGCCUUCACCCAGAGCAGAACCCCCACCCGAGCUGCCUCGAGCCGGCAAAAGAGCUUUGACACCCUGUACUAAAAUGACUUUCAUUUUAAGAGUACCAAACCAAACUCUUUCAUUUUUUCAGCAGUAAUAGAUUAUUGAAUGUAGUUUAUGAAUCUGCACAUUUUAUUUAACACAUUUAGUAAUAUUGUGCAAUUCCAUUGUUUAUAAAUGGAAAAAAAAUGUAAUAUUGCUUAAGGGGGAGGGGUACUUUAUAACCUAUCUCGGUAACUAUGAAAGUUCAGGUAAAGCCUUUUGGCAAGGAGGUUAAACAGGAAAACAUCUCUAAAAAGCAACGUUACGUUUGUUUAACUCUUUGGGUGGUGGAUUAUCAAGGCUAUAGUUGUUCCCCUCAGCGGCGGAUUAUUUUGAGGCUAUUCUGUUGUAACCCAGUGGUGUUAGAAAAAAAAUCAUUAAAAAAAAACUAUAAAAGAUAGAGACAUACAUCAUGCAUCAAAAUAAA